AAACUAAUGGACAAAAAUCUGUAAUAUCUUCUGAUCAUCUGCUUUAAGGUUUAUUGUUCUAAAAUAAUAAGUAAUAAUGUUCGAUUUUAUGUUUUCACAAAGCUGUAAUGUACAAUUGUACUGUGUACUAUUAAUCAAAUUGGGAUUUUUUUUUUUUAGGUAGCUUUACUAUAACUAGAUUAGAAUAAAAAAAAAAAUAGGUAAACUGAAGUGCAGAAAUAAUUUCAAGAAGAAAAUGAAAGAAUAAAUUGACUGAGUACUGCUGUAGACAUCCAGUUUGUAUUUAUGGAUCACAACAAGUUUUAUCCGAAGUUUCAUGUUUAUAGUUGAACCCUGGCCUUCAUUGUCUCACAAUAAGAAACAACUAUUGAAACAAGCAGCAUUAAAGAGUAAAUGCAGCAGUGUAAUUCCUUUUGGUCAGCAGCAGUGGGCGCUGUUCCAGUGAGAAGAAGCUUUUGAGGCUUCAGCUAAUCCUCUUAGCUACUUCCUUAAGUCCUGUGCCUUCUCAAAUCACACACUCCAUACACCUGAGUUGUAGUGCAAACUCAACAUGUACAAAAUGUGCAGCACUCAGUCAGACGAAGAGAGUGAAGAUGACAAGAAUUCCCUUUCCUUCUCAUUUUGGUCUGAUGGAGAUGAGGAGAAAGAAGAAGAAGAGGAUGAGAUUGAGCGAAUGAUUGACUCUAAACCAGCCACCGAUGCAGAAGAUUUACUUCAGGGGGCUUCAGAGGAGGUAAAGAGUGGGUUGAACAACCAGAGCAACUUCAGCAAGGAAAGUUUGGAUAAGACAAAUAACGAUGAGGAGGAGGAAGAAGAAAGGUGUAGUAGCAGUCCAGAUAGUCUCGCACCAAGUCUGAUGACCUCUGGCUACGGGACCUACAAACCAGAGGGGCAGGAGGGAGCAGAGUACAGAGAUGACCACACCAUAACAGAGUUUGAUCAGGAUAGUCUGUCUGAGAUGAGAGAGGACGAAGAGGACAGUCGGUCACUCAGCAGCUUUGGCGACUUUAUUGAACCUACACAUAAGCCAGACUUCAAUGAACUGUCUGUGUUAGAGGUCAGCAAGAUUUUUGAUAAUGUGGCGUGCUGUAGAGAAAUCAUCCACAUCACAGAAGUGCAUUCGGAACAGAAGAAAAAGCAGGCAGGUGAGGAGGAGUGCGAUCUACAUGCGGCAUCUGAAAAGAAAGCACCAAAAGAACAGCAUCGCACUGUUCAGGCUGAAGACAUGUUCCGGCUGAACGAGAAGCAAAAACAAGAAAUAGAGGUGCACGACCUUCAUGGGUUCAAUAAUGUCAAGAAAGACGUCGGAGGAAAAGCGGAGUGUGAAGAUCCAGACGAGUCUUCGAGCAACAAAGACAUCAAGUUUAUUGACUCCAGAGUGAACAUUAGCUCGACCAUGAUGUAUGGCAACAUGUGUGCAGAGUGGGAAGGAAACCUCAGACAGGACAGGGGUACAGCGAGCUGUCUGGAAGAAAGACUGGCUCAACUUCAUUUAGCUACAUCACCUGAGCAGGAGUCACCUGAGUCAGACAAUGAAGACCUGGACGAUCAGAGCGACACUCAGACCUCUGAGAGUGAAAGAGUGUCUUUAAGCGCUUUUGAAUCGUACAUGAAAGGCAUGACUCGAACUAAGAGUGAUGGUGAUAUAAGGCCCAAACCAAAGUCCUUCAUCCGGCCAGUGAUGAGUCAACAGACCAUAAAGAAGACUGACCCAGUAGCCAAGUAUUUCCAGUAUAAGCAGCUCUGGGAGAUGUUCAAACUUUCAGGAGAGAAGGACAGGAGGGCACUGCGCUCAGAGAUUAAGCAACGGCUCACAUAUCAGCCUCCACCACCUAAACCUCGGAGAGUUUACGUACCCAACACCUACAUCGUGCCAACAGAGAAGAAACGGUCAGCACUUCGCUGGAAGAUCAGGAAUGAUUUGGCCAGUGGUCUCCUUCCAUACAAAUGAUUACACUCUGCAUGUUGUUUUUACAUAUUUUUAUUAAACUUUUGCUUUUUUUUUAUCAUUGGAGUUAUUUAUUAUUGACUUUCUUGUUACAAAAAAUAAAAACAAAGAAAAUGUGACUCACUUAACUCAGUUAAUAUGUUACAGGUCACUCUUUAAGGAAAGUCAGAGUAGGUUAGUUUAAACGGGUAGAGAGGCGUGUAACGUUCAUCGUGCCAGAAACUUAACCUUUUCCAAAGUGAGGACGAUGGCUUCAUGUUUCAGCAUGCUGUGGACAUUCAGACCUGAGAGAGAAAAUAUGACAAACUGUGUGAGUUUUAAAGAAGAGAUUUGUUACAUAUAACACUUAAAACCCUGAGCUUUUUAACAACUGUUUAAUUAAACUGGCAUGUUAGGGGUCCAUAGACACAGUGCUACAAAGACUUCAAUGCAUGAAAUAUUUUGCACAGAGAGGCAUUUUUUGAAAAAUGUAUUGAUAGCAAUGUUGAAUAUUAUUACAGGGUGGCUGGCCUCUCC